UCGCGACUUGUGCUUUACCCUUCUGCUGAGUUACCACUAUCGCGAGAUUUCCUGCUCUGCCGCUCCCUUUGCUGCCGCUUUAGCCGGAGACCCGGACCCAGCCUCUCCCUUACCAGGUCACUGGCCCCAGUCCCACCGAGGCCUGGUCCCCCAGCCCUGCCUCACCGCCGCCAUGGCGGACCCUAAAUACGCCGAUCUUCCCGGCAUUGCACGGAACGAGCCAGAUGUUUAUGAAACCAGCGACCUGCCAGAGGAUGAUCAAGCGGAGUUUGAUGCGGAGCUGGAGGAGCUGACCAGCACAAGUGUGGAACACAUCAUUGUCAAUCCCAACGCUGCCUAUGACAAAUUCAAGGACAAGAGAGUGGGGACAAAGGGACUUGAUUUCUCAGAUCGCAUUGGAAAAACCAAGAGGACAGGAUACGAAUCUGGAGAAUAUGAGAUGCUUGGAGAGGGCCUGGGAGUGAAGGAGACACCUCAGCAAAAGUACCAGCGAUUACUGCAUGAGGUCCAAGAGCUGACAACUGAAGUUGAGAAAAUCAAGACAACAGUAAAGGAGUCAGCCACUGAGGAGAAGCUAACCCCUGUGGUGCUGGCUAAGCAACUGGCAGCCCUGAAACAGCAGCUGGUUGCGUCCCACCUAGAGAAGCUCCUGGGUCCCGAUGCUGCAAUCAACCUCACUGACCCUGAUGGAGCUCUGGCUAAGCGCCUACUUCUGCAGCUAGAAACAACAAAGAACAGCAAAGGGAGCUCAGGGGGAAAGACCACCAGUGGAAACCCCCCAGAUAGCAACCUUGUCACUUAUGAGCUACAUUCUCGGCCUGAGCAGGACAAGUUCUCCCAAGCUGCCAAAGUUGCAGAACUUGAGAAGCGCCUAACGGAGCUGGAGGCAACUGUCCGCUGUGAUCAGGAUGCUCAGAAUCCCCUUUCUGCAGGUCUGCAGGGAGCCUGUCUGAUGGAGACUGUAGAGCUGUUACAGGCAAAGGUGAGCGCGCUGGACCUUGCAGUUUUGGACCAAGUGGAGGCUCGGCUACAGAGUGUUCUGGGAAAGGUGAAUGAGAUUGCCAAGCAUAAAGCCUCUGUGGAGGAUGCAGAUACGCAGAGCAAGGUACACCAGCUAUAUGAAACCAUACAGCGCUGGAGCCCCAUAGCAUCCACCCUUCCUGAGCUGGUGCAGAGACUUGUUACCAUCAAGCAGCUGCAUGAGCAAGCCAUGCAGUUUGGGCAGCUCCUGACACACUUAGAUACCACCCAGCAGAUGAUUGCCAGUUCCCUCAAGGACAAUGCCACCCUUUUGACCCAGGUGCAGACAACCAUGUGUGAAAACCUGGCUACGGUUGAGGGAAACUUUGCCAGCAUUGAUGAGCGGAUGAAGAAGCUAGGAAAGUGAGCACCUUUAGGAAGUGGAGAACAGGGAUAACCCCUGCUUCUCUGAACUCUCUCUUAACAGCUACACAGGGUUUCCCCUUCAUUGUAACUCUCCCAGCCCCAUCCUAUUUGACACUGGGGGCAAGGGUUCUUGCAUGUGGGGUUUAUGCCCCUCCCCCAAUGGACAGAGUGGUAGCUGGGGGAUAUUAUAUGUGGUCUCCCCUCAGGCCCAGGGGAUGAGGACAUGGGCUUAGUCAUAUGCCAGCUCAUGACCAAUACUGCUUUGCCUGGUAUAGGGAAGGAUUGGGUCCUUGUCCUCCAACACAGCUUCUGUGGCUGACUAUAAUACUGUACAACUGUUUCUGACCAUUAAAUGCUGUUGUACUCUGUGUGGCCUCUGCUGUUUCCUGGGAAGAAGCAGUACUGAGACAGACAAACAUUCAGCACAUAGUAGACAGUCUAAGCCACUCCACUACAAGAAACAGAUUUCAGUUGUAGCCUGUUCUUACCAAAGAACUAAAUAAAAAAUGAGUACAGAGCCAGAGCCAGAGUUUCAAAAUAUUCUCAUCUGUUAAAUUAAGAGUGUCUCCCAUAGAAAAGCAGUGGAGGCCCCAAAGGGCAAGUACAAAACAGAAUUAAAACUCCCAAGGGUCUUGUCUUUACAAAAGAAAAGGCAGGAGGCAGCCC